CCCGGCCGGCUCUCCUCGGUGGGCGCCCGCAUCAAGGGCCCAGGGAGUGCCUUGGUCCCCGCUCCCUGCUCUGCCGGCUGGCAGCCUCUUGUCCCCUGGCCCGCCCCCCUGAGGGUGGUCCGGGACCGAGGGAAGAGGAUGGCCGAGGCCCCACGUGGUCCCGUCCACCCUCGUCUCCUGCUGGACCGUCUCAUCCUGCCCCUGAGUCUGUGCCCACAGGCGGCCGGAGGGAACCUGUGAACACCUGAGUUGGGCCCCAUCCCUUCCUGCUCAGAACCUUCCCGUGGCUCCGUCUCACUCAGGUGGAAGCCCGCAUCCUUCCCGUGGCCCACAAGGGCCCACACGAUCUGCCUCCUCUUCACCAGUCGGCCUCCUCUCUGCUCUGUGACCACAUCCAGCAUGUUCCCGCCUCAGGACAUUUGCACCGGCUGUUCCCACUGCCUGGGCGCUCUUCCUCCAGAUGAGUAACCCGAAGCCCCAAGAGGAGACCUCGCCUGCCCAAAGGCACUUCUAGCACAGCCAGCAUCAAACCAGGCCGUAGGAGCCCAAGUCUGCGCCCCCAGGGCGCUGACAGCCUCGGCGCCAUGUUCGGGAAGAAGAAGAAGCGGGUUGAGAUCUCGGCGCCGUCCAACUUCGAGCACCGCGUGCACACGGGCUUCGACCAGCACGAGCAGAAGUUCACGGGGCUGCCCCGCCAGUGGCAGAGCCUGAUCGAGGAGUCGGCCCGCCGGCCCAAGCCCCUCAUUGACCCCGCCUGCAUCACCUCCAUCCAGCCCGGGGCCCCCAAGUUCUCCGGGGCUGAUUAUGGGGUGGCAUGGCCUCUGCCCUCCUUCCCCUCCACCCCAUGGGGCAGGGACCUCCCCCAGCCCGGAGAGCAGACCAUCGUGCGGGGCAGCAAAGGCGCCAAGGAUGGGGCCCUCACCCUGCUGCUCGACGAGUUUGAGAACAUGUCGGUGACACGCUCCAACUCCCUGCGGAGAGACAGCCCGCCGCCACCCGCCCGUGCCCGCCAGGAGAACGGGAUGCCCGCGCAGCAGGCUGCCACGGCCAGAGGGGGCCCGGAGAAGGCGGGCGGCCAUGGCCGGGUCGCCGGUCGCAGCGAAGGGGGUGGCAGCAGUGGUGACAGGCGGCGGGCGGGGCCGGAGAAGAGGCCCAAGUCUUCCAGGGAGGGCUCAGGGGCCCCGCAGGAGUCUUCCCGGGACAAGCGCCCCCUCUCCGGGCCUGACGUCGGCACCCCCCAGCCUGCCAGUCUGGCCAGUGGGGCGAAAGUGGCAGCUGGCCGGCCCUUUAACACGUACCCGAGGGCUGACACGGACCACCCGUCCCGGGGCACCCAGGGGGACCCUCACAACCUGGCCCCCAAUGGGCCGUCAGCAGGGAGCCUGGCUGUCCCCCAGUCCUCCUCCUCCUCCCGGCCUCCCACCCGAGCCCGCGGCCCCCCCAGCCCUGGAGUGCUGGGCCCCCACGCUUCUGAGCCCCAGCUGGCCCCUGCAGCCCGCACCGUCGCCGCCCCUGCCGUCCCCCCCGCCCCCGGGCCCCCCGGCCCCCGCUCGCCUCAGCGGGAGCCCCAGCGAGUGUCGCACGAGCAGUUCCGGGCCGCCCUGCAGCUGGUGGUGGACCCUGGGGACCCUCGCUCCUACCUGGACAACUUCAUCAAGAUCGGCGAGGGCUCCACGGGCAUCGUGUGCAUUGCCACCGUGCGCAGCUCGGGCCGGCUGGUGGCCGUCAAGAAGAUGGACCUGCGCAAGCAGCAGAGGCGCGAGCUGCUCUUCAACGAGGUGGUGAUCAUGAGGGACUACCAGCACGAGAACGUGGUGGAGAUGUACAACAGCUACCUGGUCGGGGAUGAGCUCUGGGUGGUGAUGGAGUUCCUGGAGGGAGGCGCCCUCACCGACAUCGUCACCCACACUAGGAUGAACGAGGAGCAGAUAGCCGCCGUGUGCCUGGCCGUGCUGCAGGCCUUGUCCGUGCUCCACGCGCAGGGUGUCAUCCACCGGGACAUCAAGAGCGACUCCAUCCUGCUGACCCACGACGGCAGGGUGAAGCUGUCAGACUUCGGGUUCUGCGCCCAGGUGAGCAAGGAGGUGCCACGGAGGAAGUCACUGGUUGGCACGCCCUACUGGAUGGCCCCGGAGCUCAUCUCCCGCCUUCCCUACGGGCCAGAGGUGGACAUCUGGUCUCUGGGGGUGAUGGUGAUUGAGAUGGUGGACGGGGAGCCCCCCUACUUCAACGAGCCACCCCUCAAAGCCAUGAAGAUGAUUCGGGACAACCUGCCACCCCGACUGAAGAACCUGCACAAGGUGUCACCAUCUCUGAAGGGCUUCCUGGACCGCCUGCUGGUGCGCGACCCGGCGCAACGGGCCACGGCGGCCGAGCUGCUGAAGCAUCCGUUCCUGGCCAAAGCGGGCCCGCCCGCCAGCAUCGUGCCCCUCAUGCGCCAGAACCGCACCAGAUGAGGCCCAGCGCCCGGCCUGAACCAAAGAGCCCCUGGGGUCACCCCCGCCCUGCCGGAGGCCAGCAGGGGGCGCCCCCGCUCCUCCCAGCCCAGGAGACACUCCAUGCGGCACCGCCCUCCUGGCUGGGGGUGGGGGUGUGCGGGCCCCACUACUGAACUCUGGUUUGGAUUUUGUGACUUUUCAAGAAACACAGGGACUCGUGGGAGCAAGUGAGGCUCCCGGGACCCCCCCACCCUCCAGGACAGGCCCUCCGUGUUUUCCUGUCUCUAGGAAGGACAGGCGGCCCUCCCAUCACUGGAAGUCUGCAGUGGGGGCCGCUGGGGGUGGAGAGAACACUAUGGAAGAGGUGUGCGUGUGUGUGCGCGCGUGUGCAUGCGUACGCCUGUGUGUGUGUGUGUGUGUGUGUGUGUGUGUGUGUAUGCGUGCCCGCGUGUGGAAGGUCCAGCUCCUCUGUCCUUCAGCCUGCAGGUGGGUGUCUCUGAGACCCUGCCUAACAUACAGCCCCUCCCCCCUGAGCCAUUGCGGGGGUCGAUCAUGAAUGUCUGUAGAGUGGCCUUUUCCCUGCCCUGUACCCCCUUUCUGUAGCUGGAUGGGGAGACAGGAGUUAGGGCUUCCCACCCACCCCCAGCCUCUGCAGAAAAUGACUACUGCACCUGGACAGCCUCCUCUUUUCUAGAAGUCUAUUUAUAUUGUCAUUUUAUAACACUAGCCCUCGCCCCCACCUGGGGACAGAUGGUCCCUGUCCUGCGGGGUGGCACCGGGACAGAACCACUGCUUGAAGAAUCAGGUUCCUGCCUCCUUGGUGCAGCCCCACCCUCCCCUCCCUCAAGUUAGUUUUACAAUUAAAACGUUUUCUUGUUUCCUGUGG